AUGACGGUGUGGUUGAUACUUGUGGCGGCGGCGAUGGUCUGUGGAGCCCGCGGUGAUUGGUUCGACUCUUGUGAUCGGGAAUUUCAACUGACGAACGUGGCAGAUGUAACGCUAAAUUCACCGUUCUAUCCGGCAAACUAUCCGCCCGGUAGCUCCUGUCGGUUUGUGUUAAGUGCACCACCAGGCUACACGAUUCAGGCGUCGUGUACGGUGAACAUGGUCAAUCCUGGAACCGCGUGCACGACUGAUUUUUUGUACAUUUCAACGGAAGGAUUCAAAUCACCAGCAGGAAGUGAAUUUUUCUGUGGCAAAGGCACCAUUACCAGGCAAUCGCUGUUCAACAAACUGACCAUUUCGUACAUUUCGAGCUCGACCAACUCGGGAUCCUUCACCUGCCGGGUGAUCGUACAGCCGCAGCAAUGCGAUUGUGGUUGGACCAGAAUGGCAAAGAUUGUCGGCGGUACUGUGGCGGGAGUGAAUGAGUACACUUCGAUAGUUGGGCUGCUGGAUCCAUUAACAGCCAACGUGUUUUGCUCCGGGGCAAUCAUUAGCGUGAGACACGUCCUUACCGCCGCUCAUUGUACGGAAACGAUUCCCAACGUUGGCCGAGUGCAGGCUUUGGUUGGUGAUCAUGAUUACCGAUCCGGAGUGGACACACCGUACUCAGCGAUCUAUAGCAUCGAACAGAUCAUUCAACACGAGGCUUACAAUGUGGUGAAUCGUGAUAACGACGUUGCGCUCCUGAAAACAACGGUCAACAUGGACUGGAAUCGUGGCGUCGGUCCGGUGUGUUUACCAUUCAGCUAUAGUUCCUACAGUUUUGCAAACUUAGAAGUGGAUAUUGCGGGCUGGGGAACUACCUCCUUCGGUGGACCAAUCAGUAGCGUGCUGCGGAAGACCACACUAACCGUGCUACCGAAUGCAGGCUGCUCGGCGCCGUUUUUGAAUGAUAUGAAACUGUGUACAUUCGCUGCGGGACGUGAUUCAUGCCAGUAUGACUCCGGUGGCCCAUUGUACUUGCGCGGUGUCCAGCGAAUGUAUUCGAUCGGGAUUAUAAGCUACGGAUCGGCUUGUGCUGCUUCCACACCUUCGGUGAAUACCCGCGUGACCAGCCAGCUGAACUGGAUUCGUUCAAAAACGCCGGAAAUUUCAUAUUGCGUGAAAUAA